UCCUAAGGCAGUAAAUACUUUUAAUAUUUUAAAAAGUUUAUGGUAAGACGGUAUUUCAGUAUAUGUAUGUGGUUAUAUAUGCACAUGGCUUGUAAUAAAAGAAGGAAGUUAACACAAAAUAUGUCAGACCCAAUUGAUUAUAUUGACUUAACGGUAGAUUCACCAAAAGAUAUGUCUUUAAAAUUACGAAACCGAAAUAUUGAAAAUAUAUCGAAUAAUAAUACUACAACAAAAUCACGAAAACGUAACACUAAACGACAAUUACCACAGCUUCAAGAUUCUGUCUUAGAAAUACCAGUUGAAAAUACAUGCAAUGAUGCACAAGCAAUGGAAAUCAUAGAUCUAGACAAUAAUAGUACACCACAACAGACUGGAAUAUGCUAUGUUAAUGACUCUGGGCAAAGAAACUUAGUUGUUUUAACCUGUCCAAUAUGUUAUGAACAAUUAUCUUCUAAAAUGAAACCUAUGUCUACUCCUUGUGGACAUAUAUUUUGUACACAAUGUUUAAAAUUAGCUCUACAUAAAACAAAAAGAUGUCCGACUUGUCAAAAAAAUAUCAAAUUGCCAUCUUGUAACCGUUUAUACUUUUAA